UCUAACUGAAUGGUAUAAUCCGAAAGGUAGCGAAGACCAGUGAGACAAAUCAAGCCUGUGACAGCGGUGAAACCUGAGUUUUGUAACAAGUAACUAACGAACAGAGGCUGAAAGAGAAGCUCCACAAUGUCCUUAAAGCCACGGGUGGUGGAUUUUGAUGAGACAUGGAACAAGUUAUUGACGACUAUCAAGGCUGUUGUGAUGCUCGACUACGUGGAGAGAGCUACAUGGAAUGAUAGAUUCUCUGACAUUUAUGCCUUGUGUGUUGCAUACCCAGAACCUUUGGGUGAAAGAUUGUACACAGAGACCAAGGUUUUUCUUGAGAAUCAUGUCAGGCAGUUGUACAAGAAAGUUCUGGAGUCAGAAGAGAAGGUUUUAGUGAUGUACCACAGAUACUGGGAUGAAUACAGCAAAGGAGCCGACUACAUGGAUUGCUUGUACAGGUAUCUAAACACACAGUUCAUCAAGAAGAACAAACUAACAGAAGCUGAUCUGCAGUACGGCUACGGGGGAGUGGACAUGAAUGAGCCGCUCAUGGAGAUCGGAGAGUUGGCGCUGGAUAUGUGGAGGAAGCUGAUGAUUGAACCCCUGCAGGCUGUCCUGAUCCGGAUGUUGCUAAAUGAAAUCAAAAAUGACCGUUGCGGCGAGAACCCCAACCAGAAGGUCAUCCACGGGGUCGUCAACUCCUUUGUUCAUGUUGAACAGUACAAGAAAAAGUUUCCAUUAAAGUUUUAUCAGGAAAUCUUUGAAGGACCUUUUCUGAUAAAAACAGGAGAGUAUUACAAACAGGAAGCCUCCAAUCUGCUCCAGGAAUCCAACUGCUCACAGUAUAUGGAGAAGGUUCUGGGCAGGUUGAAAGACGAAGAGGUGCGAUGUCGGAAGUACCUGCACCCCAGCUCCUACGGCAAAGUCAUUCAUGAAUGCCAGCAGAGGAUGGUGGCAGAUCACCUGCAGUUCCUGCACGGGGAGUGUCAGAGCAUCAUCCGGCAAGAGAAGAGAGACGACAUGGCCAACAUGUACACCCUGCUGAGAGCCGUGGCUAACGGGUUGCCUCACAUGAUCCAGGAGCUGCAGGUCCACAUCCACAACGAGGGCAUCAGAGGGACCAGUAACCUCUCUCAGGAAAACAUGCCGACCCUGUUUGUGGAGUCAGUUCUGGAGGUUCACAGUAAAUUUGUUCAACUCAUAAACACAGUCCUAAACGGAGAUCAGCACUUCAUGAGCGCACUCGAUAAGGCUCUGACGUCUGUAGUGAACUUCAGGGAGCCCAAGUCCAUCUGCAAAGCCCCUGAACUUCUGGCGAAAUACUGCGACAAUCUUCUGAAGAAAUCUGCAAAGGGAAUGACGGAAAACGAGGUGGAGGAUAAGCUGACCAGCUUCAUCACAGUGUUCAAGUACAUAGACGACAAGGACAUCUUUCAAAAGUUUUAUGCCAGAAUGCUAGCGAAACGGUUAAUACACGGUUUAUCGUUGUCGAUGGAUUCGGAAGAAGCCAUGAUCAACAAACUCAAGCAAGCUUGUGGCUACGAGUUCACCAGCAAACUUCACCGAAUGUACACAGACAUGAGCGUGAGCGCCGACCUCAACAACAAGUUCAAUAAUUUCAUCAAGACGCAGGAGACGGUGGUGGACCUGGGAAUCAGCUUCCAGAUCUACGUUUUACAGGCAGGAGCCUGGCCUCUCACACACGUCCCUUCGUCUACAUUCGCCAUCCCUCAAGAACUAGAGAAGAGCGUGCAGAUGUUUGAGUUGUUCUAUAAUCAGCACUUCAGUGGGAGGAAGUUGACUUGGCUGCACUAUCUCUGCACAGGUGAAGUCAAGAUGAACUACCUUUCCAAGCCCUACGUUGCCAUGGUAACCACUUACCAGAUGGCUGUGCUGCUGACCUUCAACAACAGUCAGACGGUAACCUACAAGGAGCUGCAGGACGGCACCCAGAUGAACGAAAAGGAGCUGCAGAAGACCAUCAAGUCCCUUCUAGAUGUCAAGAUGCUCAACCACGAUUCAGAAAAGGAGGAGAUUGAAACUGAGUCAACGUUUUCACUAAAUAUGAGUUUCACCAGUAAAAGAACAAAGUUCAAGAUCACGACAUCGAUGCAGAAAGACACGCCGCAGGAGAUGGAGCAGACGCGGAGCGCCGUAGACGAGGACCGAAAAAUGUAUUUACAAGCUGCUAUAGUGAGAAUCAUGAAGGCCAGGAAGGUUCUUCGACACAACGCCCUCAUCCAGGAGGUCAUCAAUCAGUCCAAAGCCCGGUUCAACCCCAGUAUCAGCAUGAUCAAGAAGUGCAUCGAGGUCCUCAUCGACAAGCAGUACAUCGAGCGAAGCCAGACCUCGGCGGACGAGUACAGCUACGUGGCAUAGACGGAGGAGCUGGUCUGGUCUGGUCUCCGUUCAGAAACACCCCCCAUGUGACUGACUGGCAGAUGUAGGUUAAAAACUGUAAACAAACCAGAAAAGACUCUCAUUCGUCAUUUGGGUUUGGGACCGUCGCUGUCUGCUCUGACUGACAGGACGAGUGCCUCCAUCUUCAAACAGAAAAAGAAACGUCAUCAUGUCACGUCAGACCGCCAGCUGACAUCACCACCCAUACGCCCUCCUUCAGACUCCUCCCACUUUCUGAUUUCAAGCUGUUUACAACAUCACCAGUGCCACGCACCCGUGCGUCAAACCACAUAAAGAAAAUGCCUCUAGCUAUUGGAGAAGAGAGAUGCGAUCAGUAAACGUGUCCAGAUAAAGGAAAAAGAAGCGGGGACAUCAUUAAAAAAACCUUUUCUUUUCUCACGUUUGCAGUUGUGUGUUAUUUCCUUUCUUUGUUAAAUGUACUGAAAUUAGGACAACUAUUGUAAUAAAACUGGUAUACUCACUAUUGUAUCUACUUUGAAAUGUAAAGAAAAAGUAAGGUGACAAACAUGAUCUUGCUGCUUGUCAAUAAAUAAAUAAAAACACUGAAGGUUUUUAUGUAAGUA